AGCAACGAUCCCGUUGAAAGAAUCCGUUCGGAAGUGCGGUUUCGGGUGGUAAUUAAUAAGGAGCUGAUGUAUGAGCAGCCACAGCUGGUGAGGAUGGACUCUAGGAAGAAGGUGAUGAUGGAGAGGAGAAGAUCAUCUUCCAUGAGGGAACAAGAGAGGCCUGAGACUGUCGACUUGAGUGGGAGGAAUUUGGAGUCUCUUGUCCCAAGCCCUUCCUUGAACUUGAGGAUCAUCUACAAACUAGAUCUCUCCAACAACAAUCUUCAAAUGAUACCGGAGUCCUUGAUUGCGAGGAUGCUUAACUUGGUGGUUCUAGACCUGCACUCGAAUCAGCUGAGAGCCCUCCCCAACUCGAUCGGUUGUCUCUCAAAGCUCAAAGUCUUGAAUUUGGCUGGAAACAAUCUGGAAUUGCUCCCAAAGACCAUAGAGAAUUGCAGAUCCCUGGAAGAGCUAAAUGUCAACUUCAACCAGUUGGUCAAGCUUCCCAACACUAUCGGUUUCGAGCUCAUCAACCUCAAAAAACUAAUAGUCGGCUCCAACAAGCUCGUGCGUCUGCCUCUGUCCACUGGCCAUCUAACCUCUCUACGCCACCUUGAUGUCAGUUUGAACUGGCUACAGGCGCUUCCAGAGGACCUUGAGAAUCUGACGGACCUCCAAGUCCUAAAUGUGAGCCAGAACUUCCACCACCUCACAUCCCUGCCCUACUCAAUCGGCCUCCUCCUCUCCUUAGUCGAGCUCAACGCCAGUUACAACAACAUCAGGGCACUGCCAGACUCCAUGGGAUGCCUCGGGAAGCUCCGGAAGCUUAGGAUUGAAGGGAACCCCCUCGUCUCGCCACCCAUGGAGGUGGUGCGGCAAGGCGUGGAGGAGGUGAAGAUGUACUUGAGCGAGAAGAUGAAUAAUAACCACAUAAGUCCGAGGAAGAAGACGAACAAGAAGACCUGGAUCAGGAAGUUGGUGAGGUAUGGAACCUUCAACUCAAGAUGUACUACUCCACAUGCAAAUGAUGAAGAGAGGAAAGGAUCCAAAAUGCUCGAUGGUUCUCGUUCUGUAAGUUACAUCUCAUCGAUGAACAUGGCAGCUUUCUCCCCGUGGCGGCUCUUCUCGCCAAAACAUCGUUCCGCCAAAUGAAGCAUGAUAUACGAGUAGGCGGGAUGGCGUCCGUGAUACCUGCAUAGAAUAAUAUUUUGUAUCAUUCCUUUUGUUUAUUCUAUUUGUAAAUUUCCAUGUUAUGUCAACGUGAUGAACAGUCCAUCGAGAAGCAUAAAGUUAAUCAGUGAAUACAAUGUAGUGAUUUAUGUUCUUAUUA